GUCAGAUUGAGUGAGUAUUAUAAGCGUUUAGGAAGUCGAAAAGGAAAAAGGUAUAAGGAAAAUAAGAAAGAAGAUUGUUUUUUGGAGUAUUAACAAGGGAGCGUUUCAAAAUACGGAGUAUUAGAAAAUACUGCAAAGGGUGAAGAUGGUGCAGCCGUGGUCCAAUGGUUGUGUGGCGACGACACGGCGUUGAGGCGGUCAGGUGGUUCGGGACUUGGAUGUCGUGGUCUCGUGUAGGGCAGAGGACGUCGUGCGUCGAUGCGUCGUGCGUAUUUUUAUGGUUCCGGUUCUUCUUCAAUGAAAUCAAGCACAGAGGCAAAUCCAAAAAUGUAUUGUUAUCACAACAUGAAUUCGACUGUGCGGAUUGUAAAAAACGGUCUAAAUUUUGGAAAGAAGUAUCAUGUUUGUUGUUUAUGGCCUGUUGAAAAUUGUGGGUUUUUCAAAUGGGAAGAUGAUAUCAAGGUGAAUUCAUUUCCAGCAACUAAAGAGCUUGAUGCAUUAGAGAAGCAAGCACUCAUAAUUGCGCUGCAAUUUCGUAUAAGGUGGUUCAAAGAAAACUGUAAAGAGAUGCAAGCUCAUAAUGAAAAAUUGAAAAAGGAAAAGGAGCAUCUCAAAAAGGAAGUUUGCCAAAUGUGCACCAAAACGGAAGUUUGCCAAAUGUGCGGUGCACAUUUUGAAGUGUUUAAGAAAUGAGAAGAAUUCAAAUUAUCUAUUGGUCAUGGUUAUAUUUUCUGUUGUGUUUUCUGUAUUGAUAAUUAUUGAGUGUAGUAGGUUUUAUUUGCCGUGAUAUAAGAAAUAAAUUGUAAUUGGAACAAUUGUUUUCAAUUUAUAAUGAACUUCUAUUGCUUUGUUUUAGAAAAAUGUACCCCUUAGUUUCUUAACUAUACAAGGAGUUUGGAGUUGUCAUUCUUAACUACUAUUGCCACAAUUGUACUAUUG